AUGUUCAAGUAUCUGUUCCUUCUUUUCGCCAUCCUCGCAUCAAUGUCUCAGGUCAACGCCUUUGGCUUCGGUAUGCUUGGAGGUGGUGGAAGUAGCUGCUGUCCCGCUCCUGCAGCACCUGCAUGCCCGCCACCAUGCCCACCUCCAUGCCCACCACCAUGCCCACCACCAUGCCCACCUCCAUGCCCUCCACCAUGCCCAUCAGCAUGCGGAUAA